UACCAGUAAUGGUUGUAUCAUCAGUAAAUUUAUAGAUGGCACUUGAGCUAUAACUAGCCACAUAGUUAUGUGGGAUAGAGAGAGUCGAGCAGUGGGCUAAGCACACAUCCCUCAGGUGGGCUAGUGUUGAUCGUCAGCGAGGCGGAGAUGUUACAGUAUUACCAAUCCGCACAGAUUGUGAUCUUGCAAUCUGUUUGGCAACGUUCAGAGUUAAAAUUCGAAUCACGCCACAAUUUACAAUGACCAGUUAAUGUUAUCAACCAGCAGGUCUUUGGACUGUAGAAGGAAACGGGGUAACUCCUUACAGGCAAGAGUGGGAACCCGUGUCGUCUGUACUGUACAGCUUGUGCCAAGCCCUACGAUCCCCCGCCGCCCCUAGACAUUUGGGAUCUCUGCACUCCUCCAGCUCUGGUGCUUGUAAUUUUCUGAUUUUGACCCCUCUACGAAUAACAUCGGUGCAACAACUGAAAAAUGAACUAUCAAAUCUUCCUUUCCCCCAUUAGGUUAAUUGUUUGACAGCCCUGUUAUUUUCUUUCUGUCGGUGACUUAAUGAUAAAGCACGGGAGACACCUGUUGUACACUUCAAGUUCUUUCUCUCGAGUCCCGAGUUCCUGUUUCUGAUAACCAGCGGGCUCUUAGUUAAUGGCACUUCCUUCGUACACCCAUAUAAGGCGGAAGUCAACGCAAAUUUCUAACAGCGGGUAGAAAGCGUUGAAUGCGCUUCGCCAGACAAAGCUGCGUUUCCAGGGGAAGUAAUUUUCCGUUAGAAUUUAUUUUAUGAAAGGAAUGAUCUAAAUGCCGAUUUCCAAUACAACUGUCGAUUACAAUGGGAGCGUGCAGACUUUGCCGGUGGAAAACGUGGUGGCUUGCGUUGUUCUUAGCUUGUCUUGUCUCAUUGGAAUACCCGGGAACUUGAUAGUGAUAUGUACAAUUCUUUUUAACAUUCCACGCCGAUCUUCCACGAUUAUACUCGUCUUGACCCUGGCUGUGGCAGACUUCGUGGUUCUCGUCACUUUGCCGUUUUGGAUUUACUCAUUCAGCGACGCGUGGAUUUUUGGAGUUGGGUUUUGGAAGCUGACGGUUUACCUGAUCUUCAUGUCCAUGUACGCCAGUGUGUUCCUUAUCAUGGUGAUGAGUUUGGAGCGUCUUUUGGGAGUUCUCCAGCCCUUUGCCAUUCAGAAGUGGCGGAAGAAAGGAACAAUCAGAAAAGUAAUUGUUUGCAUUUUGGUUGUAUCUACGCUUCUCGCUCUGCCCAAUGUGACUCUUGAAAUCAAGCUUGACGCAGAGGGGCGCCCGAUGUAUCGAGUAUACUCCUCCAGCCAACAGGAGAUAGGGCUUCUCCUGCUGAUAACCUUGGCGGGGUUUCUAGUUCCCUUCAUCACACUAAUGAUUUCUUACAGCGUCAUUUCCAAAAGGAUAAAACAGAUGACCUGCCAAAGUAGAAACAGAGCGGGGAAGUUAAUCGCAAGCAUUGUGAUUGCGUUUGUCGUGUGUUGGCUACCAUAUCACGCUUUGAACCUUUGCCGUGUUACCUCGCUGUUGACAAAGAAUUCAAAUGCCGAUUUCUCUAAUUCACUGCAAGUGAUUUUCCUCCGAUUGAAGGACGCUGCUGGAGCCCUGGCGUUUAUAAGUAGCUGUGUUAAUCCCAUCCUGUAUGCAUUCGCUGCUCGGAACUUUAAAACGGGAUUUAAAGCUUCAAAUCUUGCCAGAGUCUUUGAGCAAAUGAAUAGCAGUUUAAAAGAGAAACGGGACAGAGAGUCGAAUGAUCACGAACUUCGUUCUGAAUCGGCAUGUAUGCUCAAAACAUGAGCCCGCUUCAUCCGUCGAUGCACAUUAAAGCCUUUCCCCAUAUCCCGCAGUAAAACGUGCUUCUAUAUCAACUACAGUGAAAGACAGUGGACGUGACUGAGUGUGAACAACAACAUGCUCUCCGACUCAAAGCCCAUUUAACUGAUAACAACAAAAAGCAGUGUAUUAUGAUGUCCGUCUACUCUCGGCUGCUGCAUCGGUGAUCUCCAGCAGGAGUCAGAAGUGGGGAAGUUGGCUGAUCAUGGUAUAAUGUUGAAGUAUGAAGUAGGGCGUGUGUGAAUUCAGCAAGACCAAGACAACGCCAGGCUCUGAUUAAUAAGAGACUAUUGAUUUUUAACAAAAAAUGUUCAUCAACCUCCCCUUGAUAUCCAGCGGCAUUUACACCAACAUUCCUGAAGUCAUUGACCAGAGACCACUUUGGUAUUUUGUAGAGCUUAACUUGUCCUCUAAAUCUGAAAGUACUGCACUGUUUCAAGGCAUAAAUCUGGUGCGUAGAGACUUCUUGUCUGGAGAUACAGUUUCACGUUACUCAAUGAAGUCACAUCUCCCCGAAGAUCAAGACUAGUUUGACUGGUGUUAACGAGCAUGGCACCUCCACCACAGGGGCGCAGUGGUUGCAAUGUGUGCAGUCAACAAAAUACACAUCUGUUACUGAGACAAAGGCUUUCUGUCGGCGCUUCCCAUUACUGCAGUGUCCUCGUCCUAGAGGGGCAAAGGGAAAAAGUACAUGGGGAUGCCACUACUUAGCUGUACAACAUCCUGAGGUGAAAAUAUAUUGCUUUUGCUCCAUCAAGUCUGGGACAAAAAGAAUCUGUAAGACAUUCAUGUUCUAUGUUUUAUUAUAUGGAAUGCAGCAGUUCAUGGAUGCCACUCAAGAACUUUUAGGUAUGGGUAACAGAUGCUAGCCUUGUGUGAAAGAUUAUAAGGAAAAUUAUGUAUAAUGUUGCUGAUCUAUUGUUCAAUAAACUCAUGUUGAAUAAAGA